AUGCGACCAUCCCGGCUAUUCCUUAGUGCUUUCGUCUCAAACAGUGAUGCAAACAUACCCUUAGUGUACGAGACUUCGGCCGGUGCUUUAAUCAAUGUGGAUGACGCAGUAAGGCGGUCUUCCUCUGUUGUUUGCUCAGUUUGCCAACGAAUUGGUGCCUCACUUCGAUGUUACAAACUGAACUGCGAAAAAUAUUUUCAUGUUUUAUGCGCGAGAUCAACGAGGGGAAAAUUCAUGAAGGAUAAGACGUUCAUAUGCGAGGAGCAUGACGAUUAUCGCAGUGAUCUGGUGAUGGACCGCCUGGAUGCGUUUCGUCGCAUUUAUAUCGAUCGUGAAGAAAAUCAGUUAAUUGCAAAACUGUUCCACAGCGAAGCCGAUCGUUUGGUGCUGCGGAUUGGUAGUCUUACAUUCAAUCACAUCGGACAGCUACUUCCAGAGCAGCUGAAAGCCUUCCACAAUUCGGAGCACAUUUUCCCGAUUGGAUACAGUGUCAAAAGAUUUUUUUGGUCACCGAUUAAUGCGACAGAACGCAUUCAGUACCAGUGCACAAUAUGUGAUAAAGCGUCAGCACCGGAGUUUGUCAUUUCUUUUGAGCACGGUCAAGAGGUCCGAGAGAGCUCCGCAUCAGGUAUGCAUUGA